AUGGAUAACUCCUCCGCUGUCACCGAGUUCCUCCUGCUGGGUUUCUCCAGCCUGGGGGAAUUGCAGCUUGUCCUCUUUGCUGUCUUCCUCUGUCUCUACCUGAUCAUCUUGAGUGGAAACAUGACCAUCAUUUCCGUCAUCUUCUUGGAUCGCAGCCUCCACACACCCAUGUAUUUMUUUUUAGGCAUCCUUUCUACCUCUGAGAUCUUCUACACAAUUGUCAUCCUGCCCAAGAUGCUUAUCAACCUGCUGUCUGUGUUGAGGACAAUCUCCUUCCUGAGUUGUGCCACCCAGAUGUUCUUCUUCCUGGGUUUUGCUGUCACCAACUGUCUGCUCCUGGGAGUGAUGGGUUAUGAUCGCUAUGCUGCCAUCUGCCAGCCUUUGCACUACCCCAUUCUCAUGAGCUGGAGGRUAUGUGGACAACUGGCCGCAACUUGCAUUGUUAGCGGAUUCCUGAUAUCUCUGGUGGGGACAUCUUUGGUUUUCAUCCUCCCUUUCUGUGGCUCCAACAAGGUCAACCACUACUUUUGUGAUAUUUCUCCGGUCAUCCGUCUUGCCUGUGCUGACACCUACAUCAAUGAACUGGUCAUCUUCAUCUGUGGGGUCUUGGUGCUGGUCGUACCCUUGAUCUUCAUCUGCAUCUCCUAUGGCUUCAUUGUUCGCACCAUCCUGAGGAUCCCAUCAGCUGAGGGCAAGCGCAAAGCCUUCUCCACCUGCGCUUCCCACCUCAUUGUGGUCAUUGUCCACUACGGCUGUGCCUCCUUCGUCUAUUUGAGACCUUCAUCCAAAUAUACAUCUGGCAAAGACAGGCUGGUGAYGGUGACUUAUACUAUUAUCACCCCACUGUUGAACCCCAUGGUAUACAGCCUCCGGAACAAAGAUGUGCAGCCAUUCGGAAAGUGA